AUGGCAGGACACGUAGGGUUCCACAAGACGUAUUACAGGAUAGCCGCGAGGUUUUGGUGGCCCGGGAUGGCAAAGGAUAUCAGAGAAGCAGUCCUAGGAUGCGGACAUUGCAAUGCAGCCUACGCCUCGAGCCACAAAAACCAAAAGAUUCUACAACAGACCCCAAUAGAAGAACCGUUUGACGUAUAUUGCAUGGACGUUUGGUCGCCAGGAUCAACAAAGAACGCUACCAAACUGUCCACAACUUUGACGAAGACACUCACAAACAAAGGAGUAGUCACUUACGUUUGCAACAUGACAGUCGCAUUCAUCAGCUCCAUGAACUCAGGGAACAUGGCCAGAAUAGCAUUCUUGCAAUUCUUCACCGUCAGAGGCCUGCCACGAUUGAUCCUCAUCGACGAAGGCAGCGAAAACAAAGAUCAAUUUACAGCCCUAUGCGACACGAUCGGAAUCGCAUACCACACGGUCAGUCCAGAAAACCACGACGGAAUACUAUGUGAAAGAUUCCACAAAUACCUCAACAAAGUGCAACAAAUCGGAGCAGCCGACAUGAACACAUACGAAGAAUGGGCAAUGAACACCUUGUUUGGAACAUACGCAUGGAACGCAGCCCCAGUAGAUGACACGGAUAUCCAACGAGCAUUCGCAGCAGUGGCCCGACACUUCAAAUUCCCACUAGACAACGCAGCAGCGGCAUUGUCAAUAUCGGAGGCGCGUCAGAAAAACAGGACACGACACCAGCAACUGCCAGGACAGAACACAUUAGAGCACAUUGAGACAAUGUUCCCACUCUUCUGGAGACAAAAAGAACUGCUUAAACUUCUCAAUGAGGAACAAAGGGAACACCAUCGAAUGCUCAAGAAUCAAACCAGAACGCGACGGAAAUUUGACAUUGGAGACAUUGUUAUGGUGCGGAAACAAGUACAAUCAAACGCCUCUGCAGGAAUACCAGCAAAACUGGUGCUAAGAACAAAAGGACCCUAUAGAUUCAUCGAGAAAGCGUCAGAAGACUCGUACAGACUACAAAAGAUCCCAGGGACAAGCACCAUGCUAAAGAAGCGAGGGUCAACCCCAAUCAAAGAAUCAGCAUUCAGAAUGCACAAGAUCCCAUCGACGACAAUACUACACAAAGGAGUGGACACACCAGAUACAAGACUAGCAAACAUGAGGAGCCUGCUAGCACACAGCCCCCUGGAAAUGAAUCUAGGACUGGUUGAUUUUGGUAAAUACGCGACAACACCGACAGACACAGAAAACGCAUUUGAGCCAAUCAAAAACAUUUGGGACGAAGAAGUUGAUCCAAUGGAAGAUUCAUCAGACGAAGAAGAAGACAACACCCCUACACCAUCCAUACUGGACGCUAUCCAACGCACGCAGCCUCGGCCGAUUAACAGAGACAUACCACCAACAGAUACAGAAGGAGCCAACCAAACCAGACAGGUCCAUACCACAGAAACCAUCACAGAAGAACUCAAUCUACGGAGCUUAUACGAACGAACCACACAAUCCAAGGACAAAUUAUACGUCAUAGCCCAUCAAGACAACACAUCAGGGUGGAACAACUGGUACGUGAUACAAAUCAACAUGGAGGAGACCAACGAGAAACUAGCAAGAACAAAAGGACAGUAUCACUGCAAGGAGUGGUACAUACCAAAACUCACCACUACAAAGCAAGGCUCCCCAAUGACCAGCCCCUUUUGGCCCCUAAUCAAAGAAUUCACCGACGAGACAACAUACGGCCCAACAGUACCCAUCAGACACAGCAAAGUAGACCAGGUGCUAAACAAGAGCCCGCACAAAUACGCCUGGUUCCAGAAAGAGGUCAACAUCGUUGAAGACGGCGUAUACGGACCAUUCGACUUUGAACGAGAUUACAAAAUACCGGACGUGGUGUGGGAAAAAGUGAGAGAGGCGGCAACACAGAUGAAACUAAAAGUUGCCAACAUCACGCCCAAGUCAACACCACCAGGUAGAGCCCACAAACGAGCGCGACACAAAUGA